AGACGCAAAGCAGCCGAGACCAAGCUGCGGACACAGGGACGACACGGGACAGGACUAAUUUCUUUAACCCUGCGAACGGACUGGAGUUCUCUUUUAAAUAUCCACCAUUUUAUCAACUUUAUGCCGCUACCCUGUAACUGCGUUAUUUCUUGGAACUUUUACAACUGUGUAUUUUUUUUAAUGGAUGAAUUAUUGCUGACUCUUUGAAGAGAAGUUGUUGGGACAAACCUCCAUGGGAAUGGGGAAUUACAAUAUGUGGAUAUUUAUAUGUAUUUUAUUCCUACUGCAGAAUUGCGAAGGUCUCCGCUGUGUGGAAAGGCCGUGUGAAAAUGGAGGAACUUGCAUGGACUCUCCCUCGCGAUGCAUGUGUCGGCCUGGGUUCCUGGGCCCGCUCUGUCAGUACCUGGACCCUUGUCAGCGCUCGCCCUGUGUGAACGGAGCUGCCUGCAAGACCACACAGCUGAAGGGAGUGCCACAGGCCACCUGUGUGUGCCAGAGAGGGUUCAGAGGGCCGGACUGCUCUCUGAUUGACGCCUGCGUGACCAACCCCUGCGCCAACGGCGCUCGCUGCACCAACUGGAACGGCCGCUACAACUGCUCCUGCCCGCCGGGCUACCAGGGCAAGAACUGCCGCAACGACAUCGACGAGUGCCGCAAGGCCGACGUGUGCAUGAACGGGGGCGCGUGCGCCAACACGCCCGGCUCCUUCCGCUGCCAGUGCCCGCCCGGGUACAGCGGGCGCUCCUGCGAGGUGCCCUCCCUGCCCUGCGCCCCCUCCCAGUGCCUCAACGGGGGCACCUGCCACCAGACCAGCCAGCUCACCUACGAGUGCGCCUGCCUGCCAGGGUUUCAGGGACACAACUGCGAGGUGAACGUGGAUGACUGUCCCGGACACAAGUGCUUGAACGGGGGACUCUGCGUGGACGGGGUCAACACCUACAACUGCCAGUGUCCUCCAGAGUGGACAGGCCAGUACUGCGUAGAGGAUGUGAACGAGUGUCUGAUGCAGCCGAACGCCUGUCACAAUGGAGGCACGUGCUUCAACACCAUCGGCGGCCACACCUGCGUGUGCGUCAACGGCUGGAUCGGCGACGACUGCAGCGAGAACAUCGACGACUGCGCCACGGCCGUCUGCUUCAACGGGGCCACCUGCCACGACCGCAUCGCCUCCUUCUUCUGCGAGUGUCCCGUGGGAAAGACAGGACUGCUGUGUCACCUGGACGACGCGUGUGUCAGUAACCCCUGUAACGAGGGGGCCGUGUGUGACACCAACCCCAUGAACGGCAGAGCCAUCUGCACAUGCCCGCCGGGAUUCGUGGGCGGAGCUUGUAACCAGGAUAUGGACGAAUGCUCUAUCGGUGCUAACCCGUGUGAACACUUUGGGAAGUGUGUGAACACAGAGGGCUCCUUUCAGUGCCAGUGUGGGCGGGGCUACACCGGCCCUCGUUGCGAGAUUGACAUUAACGAGUGCCUAUCCAUGCCCUGCCACAACGACGCUACCUGCCUGGACCGCAUCGGAGAGUUCACCUGCAUCUGCAUGCCAGGAUACACCGGGACAUACUGUGAAGUGGAUGUGUACGAGUGUGAGAGUAAUCCUUGUGUCAACAAUGGCCGCUGCAUAGACUCAGUUAAUGGAUUCACCUGCUCCUGCCCACCAGGAUUCACUGGGACCAUGUGUCAGAUCGACAUUGAUGAGUGCGCCAGCACGCCCUGUCGAAACGGAGCCAAGUGCUUUGACCGGCCCAAUGGGUUUGAGUGCCGCUGUGCGGAAGGGUUCGAGGGGGCCCUCUGCGAGAGCAACAUCGACAACUGCCAGCCGGACCCCUGCCACCACGGCGCCUGCGUGGACGGCAUCGCCAGCUACAGCUGCGCCUGCGACGCCGGCUACACGGGCUACCGCUGCGAGAACCAGCUCAACGAGUGCAUGAGCAGCCCCUGCCUCCACGGGGGCAAGUGCGUGGACCGCGUCAACAAGUACAUCUGCCAGUGCCUGCACGGGACGUCCGGCACCAACUGUGAGAUCAACUUCGACGACUGCGCCAGCAACCCCUGCGACUACGGGAUCUGCAAGGACGGCAUCAACCGCUACGACUGUGUGUGCAAACCGGGCUUCACCGGCCCCAUGUGUAACGAGGAGAUAGACGAGUGUGCCUCCAGCCCGUGUCGUAACGGGGGCACGUGUGUGGACGAGGAGAACGGCUUCCACUGCCAGUGCCCCGAGGGCUUCCGGGACCUCCUGUGCUACUCGGAGGUGGACGAGUGCAGCACCGGCCCCUGCCUGCACGGGACCUGCCGCGACGACCUCAAUGGGUACAGGUGUGAGUGUGAGCCGGGCUGGGUGGGUAAGAACUGUGACCUGGACCGGAAUGACUGCCAGUCUGCCCCCUGCCACAACGGGGGCUCCUGCAUCGACCAGCUAAAUGGAUUCAUCUGCAGGUGCCACGAGGGAUUUAAAGGUCCCCUGUGUCAGGUGAACAUUAAUGACUGCGCCUCGAGCCCGUGUCUGAACCAGGGCACGUGUGUGGACGGCGUGUCGAGCUACACCUGCGCGUGCGAGCUGCCCUUCAGCGGGCCUACCUGCACAGACGUGCUGAUGCCCUGCUCCCCCAACCCCUGCGACAACCACGGCCUGUGCAGCCAUACCCCCGACUACCUCAGCUUCCAGUGCACCUGCCAGCCCGGGUGGCAAGGCAAGCGCUGCAACAUGGACGUCAACGAGUGCACGGGCAACCCGUGUAAGAACCGCGGCACCUGCACCAACACGCUGGGGGGCUACGUGUGCUCCUGCCGCGGGGGCUACACCGGGACCAACUGUGAGACCGACAUCAACGACUGCAGCCCGAACCCGUGUCUGAGUGGGGGCUCCUGUACGGAUGGGGUGAACACGUUCCGCUGCAGCUGCCUGCCUGGCUUCACCGGGCCCCGCUGCACCAUAGAGAUCGACGAGUGCAAAAGCUCCCCCUGCAGGAACGGAGGAACAUGCACAGACUACGUCAACAGCUACACCUGCACCUGCAAACCUGGCUUCACUGGCAUCCACUGUGAAACCAACAGACCAGACUGCACAGAGAGCUCCUGCUUCAACGGGGGCACGUGUACGGAUAAGAUAAACGGAUUCUCCUGCUCGUGCCGGGCGGGGUUCGCCGGCUCGCACUGCCAGCACCAGCUGAGCGAGUGCCGCUCACGGCCCUGUCUGAACGGGGGUGUGUGUGUGGACGCAGGAGAGUCCGCGCGCUGCGUCUGCCCCAAAGGCUACACCGGGCCCAAGUGCCAGGUGACGGUGGAUUGGUGCAGACUGUCCGCCCCCUGUCAGAGUCGCGGGCGCUGCAGCCUACAGGACGGCUCCUUCACCUGCGACUGCCCCAGCGGCUGGUCCGGCCGCUACUGCGACAUCCCCGGGGUGUCCUGCGAGGUCGCCGCUGCCAAGAGAGGACUGGGGACCGACCAGCUCUGCCGUCAUGGGGGCCACUGUGUGAACACGGGGAACACGCACUACUGCAAGUGCCAGGCAGACUACAUCGGGAGCUACUGCGAGAGCCAGGUGGACCACUGCGAGGAGAAGCCCUGCCUCAACGGCGCCACCUGCAGGGCUUAUGUGGGAGGUUACACCUGCGAGUGUAUGCCAGGAUACCAGGGGAACAACUGUGAGUCCGAAAUAAACGAGUGCCAGUCUCAUCCCUGCCAGAACGGGGGCAGCUGCAUCGAUCUAGUGGGGCAUUACAUCUGCUCCUGCCCACCAGGAACCCUAGGUGUCCUGUGCGAGAUAAACGAGGAUGACUGCAAUCCCCCACAGAGGCAGCGGGGGGCGCCCAAGUGCCUGAACAACGGGACGUGUGUGGACCGCGUGGGGGGGUACCGCUGUAACUGCCCCCCCGGGUUCACCGGCGAGCGCUGUGAGGGGGACAUUAAUGAGUGUCGCCCAAACCCCUGUAAUCCCAGCAACAGCUUAGACUGCAUACAGCUGCCCAACGACUACCAGUGCGUCUGCAAGCCCGGCUUCACUGGUCGGAGGUGCCAGUUCAGGUUCAGUGUGUGUGAGUCUCAGCCCUGCCUAAAUGGAGGUGCCUGCUCCAACUCUCCCAGCACCACCCAGGGCUACACCUGCACCUGCCAGCCUGGGUACACCGGGCCUACCUGCGAGCGGAGCCUGCUGUCGUGCCGGGAGCUGUCCUGCUACAACGGGGGCAGCUGCCUGAAGACGGCGCGGGGCCCGCGCUGCACCUGCGCCCCGGGCUUCAGCGGGCCGGACUGCCACCAGCGCAGCUCGGGGGGCUGCUCCGCCCAGCCCUGCCCAAACGGCGCCCUGUGCAUGGAGGAGGCCCUGUUCCCCUUCUACCGCUGCCAGCAGCGCUCCCACGCCCAGCCCGCCUGCCCCCUGGCCGACUGCCAGGCCAAGGCCAACGACGGCAUGUGCGACAAGGAGUGCAACACCUUCUCCUGCCGCUGGGACGGCGGCGACUGCUCGCUGACGUACAACCCCUGGGCGCACUGCGGGGACCCCCAGUGCUGGAAGCUCUUCAACAACAGCCAGUGCGACCCAGCCUGCAACAAGCCCGAGUGCCUGUACGACAACUUCGACUGCCGCCAGAAGGGCCGCGAGAAGACCUGCAAUCCGAUAUACGCGAAGUACUGCGCGGACCACUACGCAGACAACCGCUGCGACCACGGCUGCAACUCGCAGGAGUGCGGCUGGGACGGGCUGGACUGCGCGCGGAAGGUUCCGGAGGAGCUGGCGAAGGGCGUGCUGGUGAUGGUGGUGCUGCUGCCCCCGGAGGAGCUGGUGCGGACCGGCCCGGCCUUCCUGCAGAAGCUCAGCUCCAUCCUGCGCACCACGCUGCGCUUCCGUCUGGACGACAACGGGGAGGCCAUGAUCCGGCCCUACACCCGCCAGGAGGCGCGCAUGCGCCGAGAGCUCAACCCCCAGCAGGAGGUCAUCGGGUCCAUCGUGUACCUGGAGAUCGAUAACCGGCUCUGCUCCCAGGACUCAGACGACUGCUUCCCCACCGCCGACAGCGCGGCCGGAUACCUGGCGGCCCUCUCCGCCACCGAGAUGCUGGACUUCCCCUACCGCAUCAAACAGAUCAGCAGUGAGGAGCUGCCGCCCUUCGUGCCGGGCAUGCCGGACUGGGCCAAGUUGCUGCUGGUGGUGGUGGCGGCGCUCUUCCUGCUGGUCGUCCUGGGGGCGGGAAUGCUGAUCGCCCGGCGCAAGCGUGAGCACAGCACGCUCUGGUUCCCCGAGGGCUUCUUCCUCAAGAAGGAGACGAGCAGCAACAAGAGCCGCAGGGAGCCCGUGGGCCAGGACGCGCUGGGCAUGAAACACAUGCCAAAGACGGUGGAGGAGUCUCUGUUGGGAGACCACAGUGACCAGUGGCUGGACACCGACUGCCCUGAAGCCAAACGACUGAAGGUGGAGGAGCCCAGCGCACUGUCGGACAGUGAGGAUGCAGUGGACUGCAGGCAGUGGACGCAGCACCACCUGGCUGCCGCAGACAUCCGCGUGCCCCCCUCCAUGGCCCUCACGCCCCCCCAGGGGGAGUUCGACAGCGACCGUAUGGAUGUCAACGUCCGCGGGCCAGACGGAUUCACUCCUCUGAUGUUGGCGUCUUUCUGUGGGGGCGGUUUGGAGUCUGACAUCCCGGAGGAGGAGGACCCCGAAGAGUCGUCGGCCAACAUAAUCUCGGACCUGAUCUACCAGGGGGCGUCGCUGAGCGCGCAGACGGACCGCACGGGAGAGACGCCCCUGCACCUGGCCGCCCGCUACGCACGCGCGGACGCCGCCAAGAGACUGCUGGACGCCGGGGCGGACGCCAACGCCCAGGACAACACCGGCCGCACGCCUCUGCACGCCGCUGUGGCUGCCGACGCGCAGGGCGUCUUCCAGAUCCUGAUCCGCACGCGGGCCACAGAUCUGGACUCACGGAUGUACGACGGGUCGACCGCACUGAUCCUGGCGGCUCGGCUGGCCGUGGAGGGCAUGGUGGAGGAGCUCAUCACCUGCCAUGCCGACGUCAAUGCCGUGGACGAGCUGGGUAAAUCUGCUCUGCACUGGGCCGCGGCGGUGAACAACGUAGAGGCCACGGUCGCCCUGCUGAAGAACGGAGCCAACAAGGACAUGCAGGACCUGAAGGAGGAGACUCCGCUCUUCCUGGCGGCGCGCGAGGGCAGCUGCGAGGCGGUGAAGGUGCUCCUGAGCCACUUCUCCAACCGCGAGAUCACGGACCACAUGGACCGGCUGCCGCGCGACAUCGCCCAGGAGCGCAUGCACCACGACAUCGUGCAGCUGCUGGACGAGUACAACACGGUGCGCAGCCCCCCCGGACACGGCCACGGCCACCACGGCCACCACGCCCUGUCCCCGCUGCUGUGCCCGCCCGGCACCUUCCUGCACGGCCUCAAGCAGCCGCCGCAGAGCGCCAAGAAGAGCCGGCGGCCCGGCGCCAAGGGCGGCGCGGCCGGCCCUCACGGGGUCCCGGGGCCCAAGGACGGGCCGGGGAAGGCGCGGAGCAGGAAGCUGACGCUGGACAUGCAGAGCUCGCUGCUGGAGAGCUCGGUCACGCUGUCCCCCGUCGACUCUCUCGACUCGCCCCGCGGCGGAGCCAGCAACGCCGGCUACAUCACCAACCCCGCCUCCCCGGCCCUGCCCUCGCCCGGCAUGUUCCACCCCUCCCUCUCCGUGCCCGCCACUCCCAUGGUGCACGGCGUGCUGGACGGGGGGCCCUUCGCCGUGUCCCUGGCGCAGCUGGGCGAGCUGGGCGAGGCCGGGAUGCCCAUGCAGGGCCACGGCCCCAUGACGCCGGGGCCCGGGGCCCCUCCGGGGUACGUGCUGAACGGCGGGCAGCUGGGGCUCAGUUUGGGCAUGGUGAACCCGGUGAGCGUGCCCUUCGACUGGCACCGGCUGCCCCCGGGCUCCCAGUGCGGGCCGCAGGUCAUCGGCCUGGUGCGCUCCCUGAGCCAGAGCCCGGCCCUGCAGCAGCAGCACAGCCUCCUCCAGCAGCAGAUGUUCCACAACUCCCAGCAGGCCCUGCUGCAGCCCACGCCCGUCUCCGCCCCCCAGUCCCUCAGCCCCGCCCAGCUGCCCGCCAUCGUCGAGCAACAGCAGCAGCUCCACAGCCACGGCCUGGCCCCCCUGGGCUGCUCCACCCCUCCCACCCCCCAGCAGGGCCCGCCUCCCCCCGCCUUCUUCAAGCAGCAGGCUCCUCCCCCCCAGCCUGGCCAGGCGCAGGCCCCGCCGCCACAGCCCCUGCAGGCCCCGCCUCCCCAGGCUCCCAGCAGCAGCGGGGGCGGUCUGGAGGACUACCCGACCCCGCCCUCCCAGCACAGCUACACCUCCACGCUGGACGCCACCCCCAAACACUACAUCCACCUCCCCAACGAGCACCCCUACCUCACCCCUUCCCCAGAGUCCCCCGAACCCUGGUCCAGCCCCUCCCCUCAGUGCGUGUCUGACUGGUCAGACUCCACCCCCAGCCCCAAUGCCGCCGCCACUCAAACCCAGAUACCCCACCCCCAGGAGGCCAACGGCAAGAUGCAGGUGUUCGCGUGAAGAGCCCACGCUCCCCUCCCCCCAGCCCGACCCCCGGUGAAGAAGAGAGAAGAAGCUCCUCUGUGGGAGGAGCUAUCCUGUAUUAACCCCCCUCCCCCCCCACUCUCCUUUCCAAUGGUUGAUUUGGAUCGGGAUUGACUUUGAAAUUCCACCGCGCGCUUGUUUUCUGUGCAAGGGACCGGUCAGACAAAACGGUAAAGGGAAAAAUGUUUGUUGUCUUAAAAAGAGAAGACGAUUUAAUGAAGUAUGACUUUUUUAUAAUAAAGAAGAAAAAAAAAAACUAAGUCUUUAAUUUCAAAGACUGGGGGACACUCUCCUAACACUAACAAACUUUAAAAGUAGAAGAGCAGAAUGGCAAAACUAUGGAAAGAGAUCGGCCAUUUUGGGAUGUAUUUAUUGUGUGUUCAUGACUAAAGCUUUCAUAGCGUCUCCACCCUCUCUCCUCCUCCAAACUGAUCACUGCACACGGCUGAUUGGCCCAGACCGCUUCCCUGGAGCAUCACGGCCAAUCAGAGACCAGUGUGCCUUAAUGUGAUCUAGGACAGCACAAAACUGAUGUGCUCUGAUCCUAUUGGUCAUAUCCACAAGGCUAUACCCUCCCACUCCCUGAGAGGUUCAGUGUGAGAAUGGGAUCGGCUGUUAAGAGAGCAUGACGAGACUGUCGAUCAACACCGCUAGCGUUGCCGAGCCAUUCGGCCCCCGGUUGAAUAACAUUGGCCGGCAGUCCUCCACUGCCCUCACAUUCUCAGCUCCAAUUGGCCAACAGAGUGCACUCUCUGCUCCGAUUGGUCCAUGCAGUGCACGCUCUAUUCUGAUUUCCCCAGGGGACGAUCUGAUGGAUGCCAAGUCACUCAAAACAGCACCAUCAAAAAAAAAAAAAGUUUAGAAACAUUUGUUUUUGCAUCACUUGGCUCUUUGAGAGAGAGGCACAGUUUUAGUGUCGUCUUUAACUGAUUUUAUUUAUUCAGGCCAGACAAGCGGAAAAGAGAGAAAUCGGUACAAUAAGCGAAGAAGCUUCCACAGAGACCGGCCAACAGCUGAGAAUUAACUGUUCUUUUAGAGCAAAGCCACACAUUCCAUGUACCUGUGCCAAGGCCUUUCCCAAGCACUUCCUGGGGCACGCAGCAGGGGGCAACAGUGAGACAUUCCAACACCACUGAACCCCAGUGAUCCUGCUGGCACAAUUAUUAACAGAAUUUUGGCCAGUAUUGUGUUAAAAACUAAACCAUGUUUUGUUUUGUUUUUUUCAAUGAAAUGGGCAUAAAGAAACAUUUUAAUUGAGAGUGCUCCAUCACGAUAGCCCACAUACUCAGUAUUCACCACACUGCCGCCCCCCCCCGCCCCCGCCUACACCCGGCCGGGUGGACCACAGGGGCGGAAGCAGGGUCAGAGGUCGUGUAGGAGGUGGUGACCCAGCAGAAUGUUCCUUCUUGGCUGCGGGGCUUUUUCUUGUUUUUGUGUUUCCUUUUUUGUAAAUGUUUGUACUACCGCUACUCGUCACUGACUGCCCGUCACUUAUGAUUUUGUUUCUUUUGAUUGAAAGUGAAACCACGGUUACCUGCCGAUUGAUGCCGUGGUGGACUAAGCUAUGUUGAUUGGCUGCUGCUUCCUGUCACUCACACACAGACAUUCCAGACACUUGCCAGUUCCUCAGUGUUGCGCUGUAGUGUAAUGUAGCUGUAACUGGUGCCAUAACUGGCACCAAACACUCACACACGCACACACACACACACACACACUUUUCUUUUUUGGGACCACUGUUACAUAAAGUCAUAAAAAGGGCCCCAGUUUUUUUCGUAUCAGGGAUGCCUCAAACUUUGUACAUACCUAGUGUCAAUGUCAACACAUAUGUACACACACAAUUAGACACACACACAUUCUCUCUCAGUAUCACACAGACAGACAUAUGUUCAUACACGCUCUCUGUCCCAACAAACUCUCAGUAAAACACACACGUACUCGAUUGUACAGUCCCUCCCUCUCUCUGGGCCCGCGCGGUCAGAGUUUCGGUGAUGUUCACCGACUCCUGACCACCGGCCCGGUCCGGUUGCGGUCAGGGCCUGGUGCUGUGGCCAGGCCCGGCGGGUGUGUCGGGGUGCUCUGGCCCUGUCACUCUUAAGAGAGGUGUUUAAAUGGCGUGCAGCGCACGUGCCUGCAUCUGCAGCACGCCCCACACCCGCCGGCGGCGGAGCCCGUGCGUACGGCCAUGUCAGAACGAGCGGGCGGGGCAAACGCUGCCAUGCAGUGCCGCCCCUCUUCCGGCAUCGUUCCCGGAAAUCUCCCGGUCACCCGACCGCCAGGCAGCGAGGGCUCCAGGAGACAGGGAGAGACUUUUACUGGGAGGGAAGAACAGCAGCAUGUCCACCCGCACUCGAACCGUCUACUGCCUCCGUCUCCCAGCAUACACUGCCACUGAUGGACACACCCACAUCACCCUGUCAACUGUAGAUCCGCUCCUUGCCCGGGUGUCAGGGUGCAUUCAUCAAAUUUGGGUGGAAACCUCUGGCCAUCUGUCAGAAUUAUCCAAGACACUGCCCACACCGUACAAUUCAUACAUUAGUUCUCACACACUACAGCCUGUGUACAUUUCAUCAUUCCCAGCUUCUGAUUGUAAAUACGUUCGUCUGAAGUAGAUAUACUAGCUACCGAAGUCUUAUGUUUCUAAAAUGUUUAUUUACUAAAAAUGAGGAAUAAAAAAAAAGUGUACUUCCUAUUAGCAUUAUUGUGAAGUUGAGGAUGUGACUGAUAUUGCAUUGGUCUUGUAUCAUUAGAAACAACCAUAGAUUAUUUUUUCUAUCAUUUAUUAUUAAUUCUUGUACUUGUUUAAAAGUAGUUUGAAAAUCAUUGUACAGAAAUACCGUUCCACAAUGUUUGUAUGAAACAGACAAGCUGUAAAAUAAGUUACUGCUAAUAAAACAUGUAGGUGACUACA